AGGCAAAAAAAAAAAAAAGUGUCUUUUUUUGGAGAGAGUAAGCAUUAAGCAAAGGCAAGGUACACCCAUUUUUUAGUUUAGUUUCAAUUUUGCAAUCAUGGGUUGCUCAGCCUCAAGAACCAUCACCAUAGUGGCCAACAAAAGUCCAAAAGAGGAUCCCUCUCCUUCUGUUUCUCUUACUUCUUCUUCUUUCUCUUCUUCUUCUCCUGCUUCACACUGCUACAACUCUUCACCACCGGCUCCCAGAGCUCUAUCACUCCCAAUGCCUCUUGUGCAUCACCCUCCAACCAGAAAGGGUGACACCCACCACCUUGUUUCCCUCACCUCCACCACCUAUGGUUCUCUUCUCCUAAUUGACCAUUCAGACAAAAAAGGCUCCAGCUUUAGCAACAAUGAGUCUCAUGUUAAGUCCCAAUCACCACCCCAUCUCACCAAAACCUCUCAAAAUCAAACAGAACCAGAGCAGUCACUGUCCCCAGACUCUGUCAUCAACAUGUGGGAACUCAUGGAUGGGUUGGAUGAAGAAGAUUCCCAUGACACUGCCAAGCCUCAAUCUUCCAUUUUUGACAGCCCCGUGUGUGGUGGUAUCUCAGACAAAACCAGUUCAUGCAGGUACACAACGUUUGAUGGGGCUGCAAGGAAGAAUCUGCUUGAUUCGUUUGAAUCACUGAAAGCUUCAGAAAAAGUCAUGGAAAAUUCUUCUUCUUUUUCCUCAUCAUUGGCCAAGAAGCCUCUUUGGCAGCAUUUAUCUGAGGAAGCUUUGCUUGCUAAGUUAGACCCAAGUGUGGCUUGGAGUUACCGAAGAGCAUUGUCAUCAAGGCAACUAGGUAGAAACAACCUACGCAGAGGUGUGAGGUCAAUGGGAUCUAGCCCUUUGAAAUCUUCUUCUUCUUCUUCUUCUUCUUCAUUGCCUUGCACUGAAGACAGAAUAGUGGUUUAUUGUACGAGUUUGAGAGGGAUCCGCAAGACCUAUGAAGAUUGCUGUUCAGUUAGGAUGAUAUUGAGGGGCUUUAGAGUUGUGGUUGAUGAGAGGGAUAUCUCCAUGGACUCAUCAUAUAGGAAGGAGUUGCAGAAAGCGCUUGGUGACAAAGCUGUUACCUUGCCACAGGUCUUUAUCAGAGGAAAGUAUGUUGGAAAUGCAGAGGAAAUGAAGAAGCUGAAUGAAUCUGGAGAAUUGGCAAAACUGUUGAAAGGUUUUCCCACUCAAGAACCUGGGUUUGUGUGUGAUUAUUGUGGAGAUGCCAGGUUUGUUCCCUGUUCAAAUUGUAAUGGUAGCAAGAAGGUGUUUGAGGAAGAAGAAGGAGAAUUAAGAAGGUGCCCAGAUUGUAAUGAGAAUGGCUUGAUAAGAUGCCCAGGCUGCUGCUCAUGAUUACUGCUGCUGGUGAAUAUUAGUCCUUGUUAUCUUUAUCUCUUUUUUCUUUUUCUUUUUUUGGGGGUUGAAUUUGUUAUGACAAAUUUUGACAGCU